AUGCCCCUGCUGCCAACUCCCCCCAAAUCGGCAGCGGCGGACCCGCCGCGGGCCCGUUCCGCCGCCGAUGCACUCACGCCGCUCAUCGAAUCGACGUACUUGAAAUCGGAUAUUACGUGCUACAUCAAUGGACGGAAAACCAUCAUCAGCAAUCCGAACCCACAUUGGACGCUUCUGGACUAUAUCCGCGCGCAGCCAAACCUCAAGGGCACGAAGCUAGGCUGUGGCGAGGGCGGUUGUGGCGCAUGUACAGUCGUGCUCCAAGUAGCACAUGUACAGUCUGGGAAGAGGAGGAUCAAACACCUGUCUGUAAACGCAUGUCUCUUCCCGUUGGUGGGCAUCGAUGGCAAACAUGUCAUUACCGUGGAGGGCAUCGGCAACGUGGACAGGCCACAUCCCUUGCAAGAGAGGAUAGCGAAGCUACACGGGAGCCAGUGUGGUUUCUGCACGCCUGGGAUUGUCAUGUCGCUGUAUGCGGUCGUGCGAAAUGCAUACGACCCAGAGACGCACAAGUACCACCUCAGCGCGCGCGAUAUUGAGAUGGAAGGUCAUCUGGAUGGGAACCUUUGCAGGUGCACAGGAUACAAGCCAAUCUUGAAUGCUGCAAAAACAUUCGUCACAGAGGAUCUAAAGGGUCAGCUGGCGGAGGAAAAUGAGCCGACAACCGCAGAUGGGGAGCAUCUUGAGAGGGAUUUAGUUGACCUGACUCGCAACCGGGGCGCAGGUCCUUCCAAGGUUUCCUGUGGGCGGCCGGGAGGCUGCUGCCGGGAUACCCCUUCUGAUAGCAGCUCAAAUGAAAGCAGGUCGAACACAUCAUCGCCACCAACAGAGCCCAUCACCAGCUCAGACGAUGAGCAUAUCCCCGCCAUCGUUAGCGCGACGAAUUGUCCCACGCAAGACCCAGCAAUUGCUGGAGCAAGCUACGCCAAACCUUUAAAGAGCAAGGAGUAUGGUGCUGGUGCCGAGACUAAAGCAACAACAGCACUCCAGGAGGCACUAUCCGUGAAUUCGGAGAAGGGAGUUCCAAAGAUUGAGUUCAAGGAAUACAUACCAGACACAGAGAUUAUUUUCCCUCCAGCUCUGUGGAAGUACGAAUCACAGGCUCUGUGCUAUGGAAACGACAAGAAGAUCUGGUUCAGGCCUACGAAGCUCGAGCAACUGGUCGAGCUAAAGGACGCUUACCCCUCGGCGAAGCUUGUCGGUGGAGCUAGCGAAGUGCAAGUAGAAGUUCGCUUCAAAAAUUCUGACUUCGCUGUCUCUGUAUAUGUCUCGGACAUCGCAGAGUUGAAGCAAACCAAGCUGCCGCUAGAAGCGGAGUUGGAAAAUGCUAGGGAACUGGUAGUAGCUGCUAACACGCCACUCACCGAGUUGGAGCAGAUCUGUAAGCAGAUCUAUGCCAAGCUUGGGAAGCGUGCAAUGGUGUUGGAGGCGCUCCGGAAACAACUUCGAUACUUCGCUGGUCGCCAAAUCCGCAAUGUAGCCUCUCUUGCAGGCAACAUUGCCACGGCCUCGCCAAUCUCCGACGCGAAUCCGGUGUUGAUAGCGGCUGGUGCAACAUUAGAGGCCAUCAAUAAGAAACAUGGCAGCGUUGACCUUCCGAUACGGAAGUUUUUUGUGGCGUAUCGAACGACAAAUCUACCUCCUGAUGCUAUCCUCCAUCGUAUCAGAAUACCGCUCCCACCGCCCAACUCGAGGGAAGUCUUGAAAGCCUACAAACAAGCCAAACGAAAAGAUGAUGAUAUUGCUAUCGUUACUGCUGCAUUCCGUGUGAGGCUUGACUCGGAAGACAUUGUUGAGGAUGCUUGUAUCGUGUACGGCGGGAUGGCGCCCAUGACCAAAGAAUCUCCAAAAACUCAGAGUGCUCUCUUGGGCAAGCGAUGGUUUCAUUCAGACACGUUGGAAGCCGCCCUCACUGCCUUGCUCGAGGACUAUGACCUUCCAUACGGCGUCCCAGGUGGCAUGGCCGACUAUCGCAAGACGCUGACGCUUUCGCUAUUCUUCCGCUUCUGGCACGAGUCGGCAGCCGAGUUUGGUCUUGGAAACGUCGAUGAGCAGGUCAUUGAUGAGAUUCACCGGGAAAUUUCUAGCGGUGUUCGCGAUGACUAUAAUCCCCACGAACAGCGCGUGGUAGGCAAGCAGGUUGCGCACCUCUCUGCUUUGAAGCAGUGUACGGGGGAGGCCUUGUAUUUGGAUGACGAACCGCGACUAGACCGAGAGCUAUUUGGCGGACUGGUCAUGUCGACAAAAGCACAUGCAAAGAUACUGAGCAUCGACUGGGAACGAGCGCUGGAAAUGCCUGGCGUCGUGGGAUACAUCAACCGGAACAGUAUACCGGCAGAUGUCAACGUCUGGGGCUCAAUCAAGAAAGAUGAACCCUUCUUCGCGGAAGACAAGGUCCUUUUCCAUGGCCAGGUUAUUGGUAUGGUGUAUGCCGAUUCAGCUCUUGAAGCACAAGCAGCGGCGCGGGCUGUCAAAGUAGAAUACGAGGUUCUCCAGCCCAUCCUUACCAUCGACGAAGCAAUCGCAGCCGAAAGCUUCUUUCCACAUGGCAAGUUCCUAAGAAAACGUCUUGCUAUUGACGACAAGAUGGAGGACGCUUUCGCUCGGUGUGAUAGGAUCUUCGAAGGCGUCACUAGACUGGGUGGCCAAGAACACUUUUAUCUUGAAACCAAUGCUGCUCUUUCCAUUCCAACAGGCGAGGAUGGUGCAAUGGAGGUAUGGUCGUCAACACAAAACACUAUGGAAACGCAAGAGUUUGUGAGUUCGGUAUUAGGCGUGCCCAGCAAUCGCAUUAACGCCCGUGUGAAGCGGAUGGGAGGUGGAUUCGGUGGCAAGGAGUCUCGCAGCGUGCCAUUCGCAGUUUACACGGCCAUCGCUGCGAGAAAGGAAAAGAGGCCAGUACGCAUCAUGCUGAACCGCGAUGAGGACAUGCUGCUCAGUGGCCAGAGGCAUCCCUUCCAGGCGCGCUGGAAAGUUGGAGUUACAAAGGAGGGCAAGCUGCUCGCACUUGAAGCCGAUGUCUACAACAAUGGUGGCUUCUCACAGGACAUGAGUGGAGCCGUCAUGGAUCGAUGUCUUACGCACUUUGACAAUUCCUACGAGUGUCCGAACGUAUACCUACGAGGCUAUGUCUGCAGAACUAAUAUUCAUAGCAACACUGCAUACCGAGGCUUUGGUGCUCCUCAGGGAAUGUACUUCUCAGAGACGGUCAUGUACAACGUCGCGGAAGGAUUGGGCAUGGAUGUGGAUGAACUACGAUGGAAAAACCUGUACACGCCAGGAGAACACACACCAUUCUUCCAGAAGAUUGACGAGGACUGGCAUGUACCACUUCUCCUACAACAACUAAGCAAGUCUUCAGAUUACGACAGACGAAAGGCCGCAGUUGCGGAGUUCAACUCCAAGAAUCGCUGGAGGAAGCGAGGCAUCUGCCUCAUUCCGUCAAAGUUCGGGCUCAGUUUUGCGACUGCUCUGCAUCUCAACCAAGCCGGGGCCUAUGUCAAGAUAUAUCACGAUGGCAGUGUGCUACUACACCACGGAGGAACAGAAAUGGGUCAAGGUCUCUACACCAAGAUGUGCCAGAUUGCUGCGCAAGAGCUUGGUACCCCCCUUGAUGCCAUCUACACCCAAGACAGCCAAACCUAUCAAAUUGCAAAUGCGUCGCCCACCGCUGCCUCCUCAGGCUCCGAUCUCAACGGCAUGGCUGUCAUUGAUGCUUGCAAUCAAAUCAACGAGCGCCUGAAACCUUAUCGUGAAAAGCUUGGCCAGGGCGCACCGCUCAAGGAGAUCGCUCAUGCUGCCUACCUUGACCGCGUCAACCUCGCUGCGAACGGAUUCUGGAAGAUGCCUAAAGUCGGAUAUACCUGGGGCGACACGAACUUGGAGACGGUGAAGCCCCUGUACUACUACUGGACCCAAGGAGCGUGCUGCUCGGAGGUAGAAUUGGAUCUACUUACGGGCGAUCACACUGUGUUGCGGACUGAUAUCAUGAUGGACGUGGGCAAUUCCAUCAACCCGGCAAUCGACUACGGCCAAAUCGAAGGCGCCUUUGUCCAAGGUCAAGGCCUCUUCACCAUGGAAGAAACCCUCUGGACGCGCGACGGCCAGCUUUUCACCCGCGGGCCCGGAACCUACAAGAUCCCCGGCUUCAGCGACAUCCCUCAAGUCUUCAACACCAGCAUGCUGCGCUACGAUAACGACGGCAAGCCCUUGUCCUGGAACCACCUCCGCAGUGUGCAGAGUAGCAAGGGCAUAGGCGAGCCGCCGCUUUUCAUGGGUUCGACCGUCUUCUUUGCGCUCCGGGAAGCGAUCAAGGCGGCGCGGAUUAUGAACGGGAAGAGUGUGACGGAUGGGUGGGGGCUGGAUAGUCCGGCUACGAGUGAGAGGCUGCGGUUGGCGGUUGGUGAUGAGCUUGUUGAUCGGGCGAGGGUGGAGAGGAGGGAGGGGGAGACGAGCUUUUUGGUUGCUGUUGCGUAG